GCUGGUCGCUACUCCUACCCUCUCCUCAUUCUCCAGUAUCCAGGCCAGGGAGGGGUCUCCCCCGUCCAUCCCCAUGGAGCAGGGGAACGGUGGGGCUAGAAGGGACAGGGUAAGGUGGGACAGUACGGGCCGUGGGGAGCUCUGUGAGACCAGGGGAGGUCUAGACAGGAAGGAGGUGCCAAGAGGAGGAAGUCAACAGGAGGACGAGGAUCCAGACGUGUAUUACUUUGAGUCAGACCACCUGACCCUCAAGCAUAACAAAGAUUACCAGAGGUUACUCCAGACUGUAGGUGUGUUGGAGGCCCAGAGAACUCAGAGUAUACUGGACUUGGAGCGUCUGGCCGGACAGCAGAGAGAAGCUCUCCGAGACCCCGUCAGCUUUGUGGAGCAGCUGCAGAAACAGGUGGAGUUGGACCUGCCGCGGCCCCAGAGAGUGGUUCAGCUGCCAGACAUCUCAUGGGACCAGUACACCUCAGGACUGGGAGACUUCGAGAGGGAGUUUUGUGACAACAAACGCAAAACCAGGAGACUCAAACUCAUAUUCGAUGAGGUUAGGUUACCAGUCGGACCAAAAAGCCCUCUGGAUCCCAAGGAGGAGGGUGAACCGUCAACCCUGUACUCUGCUCUGCCCUCUAGUGACGCUCUUGAGAACUACAACAACUCACAGGCACAUCCCACUAGGAUCCGAGGGCGGCUGUGUCACCAGAGUAAACCCGACACCUUCAACCAGCUGUGGACCACGGAGGAACAGAGAAAGUUGGAGCAUCUGCUGCUGAAGUUCUCUCCUGAGGAGGUGGAGUCGAAACGCUGGCAGAAGAUAGCUGACGCCCUGGGCAACAGGACCGCUAAACAGGUGGCCAGCCGCGUUCAGAAGUACUUCAUCAAGCUGACUAAAGCAGGAAUCUCUGUUCCUGGGAGGUCCCCUAACAUGUCUAUCUACAGCAAAAAGGAUGAGGAGGGUGUACCUGUGGUGUUGAGACACCUGCCGGAGUACAAGGAGCUUCUGGAGCUGAAGAGGAUGAAGAGGAUGAAGAAACACAAACUGCAGGAGAUCCAGGCUGAGAGUAGCAUGGCCCUGCACCAUGGAUACAAGUGUGACGUGUGUGGUGUGGAGCCUAUCCAGGGAUUGCGAUGGCAUUGUCAGGACUGUCCCUCAGACAACGCUGUGGACUUGUGCUCCGACUGCCUGUACAAGACAGAGAGCCACGCGCCCAGCCACCAUCUGGAGCCUGUCCAUCACCAUGAGACCUUCCUAGACAUGGACUACAGUCUGGCUCAGACCCCUGGAUAUAACUACCUGGACCCCAGCUACUACCCUGCUAACAGAUGACGGCAUGGCCCCUAAUCUCAGCCCUAGGGCCACAGUUACAGACCCCUAGCUUCCUGGUUCAGCCCUGGGGCCAUAGCUACAGACCCCUAGCUUCCUGGUCCAGCCCUGGGGCCACAGUUACAGACCCCAAGCUUCCUGGUCCAGCCCUGGGGCCACAGCUACAGACCCCUAGCUUCCUGGUCCAGCCCUGGGGCCAUAGCUACAGACUCCUAGCUUCUUGGUUCAGCCCUGGUGCCACAGUUACAGACCCCUAGCUUCCUGGUCCAGCCCUGGGGCCACAGUUACAGACCCCUAGCUUCCUGGUCCAGCCAUGGGGCCACAGUUACAGACCCCUAGCUUCCUGGUCCAGCCCUGGGGCCACAGCUACAGACUCCUAGCUUCUUGGUUCAGCCCUGGUGCCACAGUUACAAACCCCUAGCUUCCUGGUCCAGCCCUGGGGCCACAGUUUCAGCUACACUCAAGCGACCCUUAGCCUCAGCCAGCCAGCCCCAGGCUGAGCUCAACCUACAGAACCGGCAGGCCACACUGUGUUUGGCUCCAGACCUCGAGAACCUAGACAGCUCUCAGUCCAGCUACCCUGCUCACCUCACCCCACUAGCCCAGCAGGAUGGCAGGCAUUGUGUCUCUGACGGCUGGCUGGGUGGGGUGGGGGGGGUGGGGUUACCAUAACAACCAAACAAAGGAACAUAAUGGAAAUAUAAAAAAAAAACACUUUAAAAUUAAAUUUAAAAAACUGAAAAAGGCACACCGACAUUCCUGAGUGCCGAGAGAGAAGAGGGUCCUCUCCGCUUCUCCUCCCUCCCGCCUCUUCUCCUCCCUCCUCUUCUCCUUCUCUCCUCCUCCUCUCCUCCCUCCUCCUCUCCUCUCCUCCCUCCUCUUCUUCUUCU